ACCGCAUCCCCUCGUCUCAUGAACAAUCACACCCUAAAUUGGGCAUUAUUGUUCGAAACAAAAUUAUUUGUUAACUGUUUUUAAAGACUAAAUCGUGUUUCAGUUUUCGACGUGUGUUUAAAGCCUUAAAGCUUUGCUGCAAGGAUUCGUAAUUUCGUAGCCUUAACGGUUUCCUUUCUACACAGUGCUUGUUCAAGAUUUGGUACUCCCGAAAAGUGCACAGUUACGUCCACCCAUAAAAUCCCAAUUCUUUUCGGACUUUACUUUUCAACGGGCAGACGCCGUACACAAUUCACCUCCGCGUUCCGUUGGCCGCCUGCCUGCGCGGGUCAAGGACGCAACGGCAACGGCAACGGCCCGUAAUGUCCCGGGAACGUGAGACCCUCAGAAACCACCACAACCUAGGCUACGGCCUGUGUGUCAGUGUGUGCUGUGUACAUAGACGUUCCCUCCAUCGAUACAUGCGUGCACUACUAGCUGAUAAUCGGAAGUUGCAGAAGGCCAUGGCCAGUCACGAGCACAAGAUCGACCAGCCCUACUACGGGCGCCCGCCCAUCCCUCCCGAAGCACCGGCCGCCGGCGUCCGCCCGCUGGCGCGCCGGGACGCGUCGUACGCGCUCCUCUGCCACGCCUUCCGCGCGCUGACGCUGGCGCUCAUCGCCGUCGGCGUCGUGGCGCUGGUGCUCUGGCUCGUCUACCAGCCCAGCAGCCUCAAGGCGUACGUCGACUCGGCGCAGCUCACCCGCUUCGACCUCGACAACAGCGGCACCCAGACCCACCAGCUGCGCUACAACCUCACCGUGGGCGUCAGCAUCCGCAACCCGAACCGGAAGCAGGCCGUGCUGUAUAGGCGCCUGGACGCCGUGGCGCUCUACGGCGGCGAGCGGCUCGGGUACGUGGACUUCCCGCGGGCGCGGCAGGAGCGCAGGAGCACGAUGGAGGUGCGGCCCAGCUUCCGUGGACAGGCCGCCCUCGCCGGCGCCGGCGCGGCGGCGGCGCUGUUCGGCAGGGAGAAGGGCGAGGGGUUCUUCAGCAUCAACGUCAAGCUCCACACGAGGGUGCGGCUGAAGGUGGCCGUCGUGGACAGCGCCGAGUACAGGCCGGACGUGGACUGCUACGUGAGGGUUCCCGACCCGGGCAACGCCACGGCAGUGGCGCUGGGGUUCACGCCGACGCAGUGCCAUGUCGACGACUUCUCGUGACACAGAGAGCGGAAACUGCGAGGAAUAAGUUUGAUGUUACGUGGACGAAUUGAUCUGUCAUUUCCUGUUUUUAUUUAAAUCUAAAGCCAACUAAUCGUAGCUAGGACGAUUGUUCUAUUAUAAGAUAACAUAUAUAGAUCCUGGUUGUCCUUAGGCCUUGUUCGUUUACGUCGGAUUGCAUCUGGAAUCGUUCCAGCUAAUCAAAGUCUAUAUAAAUUAGAGAAGCAAUCUGGUUAGAAAUCGUUCCGACCCAUUAAUCCGGCACAAACGAAAAGGCCUUAAUC